AUGGCCGAGGAGGAGGAGGAGGUGGCCACCAGGUGUGCCAGGAAGGGCACCUUGGCAGGUGGCGGUGCCCGCUCCGGUGCCACCGAGUCCAGCACGCUGCUCCAGGAGCUCCGGGGAAACGUCUCCAAAUCCGUGCAGAGCAAGGUGGAUUCCAUCCUGCAGGACGUGCAGAAGUUCUCGGACAGCGACAAGCUCUACCUGUACCUGCAGCUGCCCUCGGGGCCCAGCCUGGGGGAGAAGAGCACUGGGGGCUCUCUGGAGCUCAGCUCUCUGGGCACAGCCGAGCACAUGCACGCCUGCAGCUGGAUCCGGAACCACCUGGAGGAGCACACGGACACCUGCCUGCCCAAGCAGGACGUCUACGACGCCUACAAGCGCUACUGUGACAACCUGAGCUGCCGCCCUCUCAGCACGGCCAAUUUCGGCAAAAUCAUCCGCGAAAUCUUCCCGGCCAUCAAAGCUCGGCGCUUGGGAGGCCGAGGACGAUCCAAGUACUGCUACGGCGGCAUCCGGAGGAAGACGGUGGUGAGCCUUCCUCCCCUGCCCAGCCUGGACCUCAAAGUCACCGAGACCCAGUCGGAGCUCUCCGAGCUGGUGCACUCGUACAGCACGGAGGUGAUGGAGGCCGCCUGUGCCCUGACGUGUGACUGGGCUGAGAAGAUCCUCAAGCGCUCCUUCAACAGCAUCGUGGAGGUGGCGCAGUUCCUGCUGCAGCAGCACAUCAUCAGCUCCCGCUGCGCCCACGCCGACCUGCUCAUGGCCAUGGUGCUCUCGGAAAACACGGACAAACCCCCCCAGGACCCCCGCCCUCCCGCACCCCCCAAAAAGAACGGCCUGGACCCCCAGGACAGCAGCGACCGUGGCCAGGACCAGGCCAAGAAGGACGCUGUCCCCAAAGGCCACGUCCAGCCUCGACCGGACAAGAAGAAAGCCCAGGAGCCCCCCAGGGCGGCCAGUAGCCCCCAGGUGAACGCCUUGGUGGCCCGCUUGCCCCUCCUGCUGCCCCGCAUCCCCCCCUCCGAGCGACCCCCGGCCCCCGGGGCCGCCCCGGCGCGUUCGUCCCCUCCCGUGCUGGUCCCCAAAUUAACGGCGGCUCCUCUGGGCGGUGGCACGGUGAAGGUGGCGCUGCCGCUCCCUCCCGGGGCCAUCCCCGUGCUCAAUGUGCUGCUGCCCGGUGUGGGGGUCCCCACGGCUGAGACCCCCGGGGGUAGCGCCAGGCAGGGAGGGGACAGCGAGGGACAACGAGCCAAGGCCACCAAUGCCACUGUCCCUGUCAGUGACAAACCGGUCACUGUCAGUGCCACCACCCCUGUCAGGGACAGCCCAGCCAGGGCCAGUGACACUGGGGACAGGCGGCUCACAGGCAGUGCCACCACUGAGGACAGGCCAGGGGCUGGCAGUGCCACUGUCGCAGUCAGGGACAGCUCACCCGUGGCCAGUGACAUUGGGGACAGGCCGGGACAGCCCCUCCAGGGCCAGUGGCGCUGCUAG